AUGGACCCCAUGGCCAGCUGGGACGCGCCCGCCCUCAAGCACACCGGCGUGCCGCCCGACGACGACAUCGCCUACUACCUCCAGGACUACCGCGACUUCGACCAUCUCUUCGACGACGCGCUCUCCACGCUCCAGGACUUGGACGUGCCCUCCGGCUACGGGCACGCGCCGCCGCCGCCGCCCGCCCGCCCCGCGCGCCACGCCAAGAAGCCCAGCGGCACCGCCAUCUUCGGCUUCCUCGACCACACCCGCGACUGGUCCCUCGGGCCCGCGGCCCCGGACGACCUCGGCAUGAUGCGCCCGCCGCCCGCGCCCGCCCUGCCCGGCUCGGCCCCGCCGCCCGCGCCGUCCAUCUCGCCCUCACAGCUCGCGCGCACGCCCGCCGUGUCCCACGAGCAGCUCGCCUUCAACUUCGACGAGCCCUUCGACACGGGCCCGCCGCUCUUCGAGGCCAGCAAGCCCUUCGUGCUCCGCGAGGAGGACGAGGACGCGCACGGCCACAUGCCCGCCGCGCCCGCCCACGACGACCUCACCGUGACCAACCGCAGCCCGGCCUCGUACAAGUUCCCGCCGGCCCAGGCGGCCUUCGCCCAGCUCGUGGGCCUGAGCACCGCGCUCCCGCGCAUCCACCACCCGCGCCGCCCGCACCAGUACCCGGCCGAGCUCGCCGAGCCCGCGCUCCCCGACCAGCACCCCGAGCCCGCGCGCCCCGACGCCCCGCCCACGCAGCGCUGGGUGCCCAUCCCGCUUCCGCGGCUGUCGCCGGUGCGCCCGGCCGGCCGCGGGCCCGACAGCCCGCCGGACGACGGGCUCGUGGACGCCAACGAGACCAUCGUGCAGCUCACGCCGCAGAGGCCCGCGGCGCCCGCGGGCGCGUAUCUCCUAAGCCCGGGCCAGGCGAGCCCGGGCCAGGCGGGCGCCGGCUCGCCGCGCCGCAGCACGCCCCGCGCCAGCCGCAUCACGCUCGAGUGGAGCCCCGUCAUCUCGCCCAGCGGCAAGGCCACCCAGGACGUGCGCAAGGCCAUCCAGGAGCUCUCGCCCAAGCGCUUGAUGAAGAAGACGUCGCUCCUCCCGCCCGGCGAGCUCGACAAGUACUGGCAGGGCCCGGACGCGGACAAGAACUUCACUUGCGUGUAUCAAAACUGCGGCAAGAAGUUCACCCGCCGCUACAACGUGCGCUCGCACAUCCAGACGCACUUGAGCGACCGUCCGUUCACAUGCGCCUACUGCCCCAAGAGCUUCGUGCGCCAGCACGACUUGAACCGCCACGUCAAGUCGCACAUGGUGUCCAAGCACUGCCGCUGCCACUGCGGCCGCGAGUUCACGCGCAUCGAGGGCUACAAGAAGCACCUUGCCAACGGCGUGUGCCUGCGGCCGCACGACGACUCGGGCGCCGUGUCCAAGCCGGGCGCGCACCGCGCCAAGGGCGAGCUCGUCCUCGACGGCUUGACGUCGAACCGCCUCAACGAGGACUUGUGUCUCGGGCCAUGA